UUUAUAGUAUUUUUGAAGGUGUGUGUUAAGAUGCCAAGUUUUUUUAUCGUGGAGUUCAGAGAUGGUCUCCAACUUGUUUCAUCUACUUGGAUUGAGUGGGAAACAUUAACCUGCAGUUGGCCACAAGCAAAAUGUGAGAAAGACCUCCAUAAAGCUGUUCAGCAACACCAGCCUGUACAAAAAUCCUGGAACUCAUACAAGAUAAAAAGGAUUUUUGGAAGUGCGAGUUCUUUUAAGAAAGGACUUUUAAAACUCAAAAAAGCUGAAUUUUCGUCGGACAUUAGCACAGAAGACGGAUGUGAGUCAGCUAAGGAGGUACAGCUAAAUAAAAGAAUAAUAAAUUUUGGAGAAUCCUCAGAUGAUGAAGCAUGUGUUGCCUUGCAACAUUUUCCAAUAUUCCCUUCGGAGCCUCAGCAUUCUGAAAAUAAGAGUGUAUCAUCGAACUGCACCGAGCAAAGGAACUCAGAAAAUGAUGACAGAAUGGAAAACAUUGAGAUGGAAACACAGCAAAAUGUUGUCAGAGACGAUUUUCAAAUGCAAGUUAAAAAACAACUGACACGUCUAAGCCUUCAGCUCAGCCUUAUUGCAGAAACACAACAUCUAAUCAUAGAGAAACUCACUCAUGCUAAUGAGAGUCAAGCAGCUAUUGAUGUAGCUGGCGAUCUGGAUUUAGCUCAACACUUUCCGUUUUCAUCAUCUGAUGAACUUGAGAAGUUUGACGAAACACUGAAAAUAAAUACUAAUAUGCAGAUGCACUUACUAAAGGAUUUUAGUAGAAGAGGAGGAAACUCUGUAAAGAACAUAAUUUUGAAUAUACUGAAUUACCUGAUGAAGAAUUCUGUAGCCAAUGAGUAUAGCUGGUUUGGAGCAAAAGGGAAGAAGAAAUUUUCUAACCUGGUUUUGAGCAAAAUUCUUAAAGAUGCUGUGCGAGUCCAUGCAAAAAAUGCGACUGAUGUUGAAAUAAUUCAAGUAGUGCAGUCAUGGCUACGUCACGCUAAAGAAAAAUUGAAAAGAGCUGAGAAGCUAAACAUAACUGUGUAAUUUUUUAAAACAAAAAUUGUAAUCAAUUGUUUUAUUAAAUUAAUGUUUAUUCCCUUGCUUUUCUUAAUAUAUUUAGAAAUAAAAUGAUGAUCCUUAAGCGGAAUUUUAAAGA